AUGGAGAAGUCCAAGAAUUUCCGUAUCGACGCGCUGCUGGCGGUGGAUUCUCCGAAGCCGGCGGCAGCCUCGACGGCUCAGACGUCUCCGUUGGCCUUGGUCACCUCUCUGUCCGGAGGGCCCGGCAACUCCAGCAGUAGCUCCAGCUCCAGCUGCAGCCCGCCCUCCUCGGCCGAGGGUCACGCGAGCGCAUCAUCCGAGUGCCUGCGGACCGAGAGCCCAUCGCCGCCCCGCAUCCUGGGCGCGCACUGCGGCUUGGUGCCCAAGCCGGGCUUCCUGACCGGUGGCGGCGCCGCUGGUGGUCCCCAUCAGCACCCGCACGCCCACCCCCACGCCGCGCUGGGGCUUCAAGGCAGCGCGGCGUUGCACCCCCAGACGGCCCUUUACGGGCACCCCAUGUACGGGUAUCCGGCGGCGGCGGCCGCCUUGGCCUCGCAGCACACUGCCCUCUCCUAUUCCUACUCCCAGGUGCAGCCUUCGCACCCGGCUGCCGACCCCCUCAAGCUCGGCGCCGGCACCUUCCAGUUGGACCAGUGGCUGCGGGCCUCCACCGCCGGGAUGAUCUUGCCCAAAAUGCCCGACUUUAACUCCCAAGCCCAGUCCAAUCUGCUGGGCAAAUGCCGGCGGCCCCGCACCGCGUUCACCAGCCAGCAGCUGCUGGAGUUGGAGCACCAGUUCAAGCUCAACAAGUACCUGUCCCGGCCGAAGCGCUUCGAGGUGGCUACGUCACUCAUGCUCACCGAGACGCAGGUGAAGAUCUGGUUUCAGAACCGACGCAUGAAAUGGAAACGGAGCAAGAAGGCCAAGGAGCAGGCAGUCCAAGAAGCUGAGAAACAGAAGGGUGGAAAUGCUGAGCAGGACAAGGGGGCAGAGGAGGGGCAGCUACUGUCAGGGGGGGCUGAAAAGAGCAAUGGGGGUCGCCGCCUGCGGGGAGUCAGAGACAAUGAGCCAGAAGAAGAAGAGGAGGAAGAAGAAGAAGAG